GUCUAAGGAAAAGGAAUCUUUUAUAAUGGCUGGAAAAUUCCGUGGUGACGUUGGAAAAUUAACUAAACCGAAAAAAAACAGGGCAUCCCUAAAGCUAAAGAAGAGCAAAGUGACUUUUCUGGUGAAGCGUAGCCCUAAACUCACGGACGAUGUCCUGCAUAACCGCCUAGCCGAGCUCACCAAUGGUUCCGAGGAAAUCAAGUCCUCCAAGGCCCCUGAGCCGUCAAAAGGGGUGCAGAAGAAACCCGUCGGGAAGGCCGCAAUCGAGAUUGUGGGCAAAACCAAGGAAAAGUUCGUCCCCGAGGAAGCGGUGGCGCCUCAGCGCACGACGGCGGAGGCGAUUGGCCUCAAAAUUCUACAUCGCGCCGUCAAAAGUCAGGGCCAUAAUCGCCUUUUGCCGCAUCAAAAUCGCCAUGAUUUUGAAUAUCGCCUGCGCACGGUCGCGACGAUGGGCGUUGUGCGGCUUUUUAACUCCCUCGCCCAGGCCCGCCGCGCGAGCUCGGCGAUCGACACGGACUUGAAGUACCUCACCGCGGACAAACUAAACGAGCGAAAGCAAACCGUCUCCAAAGAAGCCUUUCUCGAAGCGCUUCGACAGUAA